ACACAUUUACAUAUAUUCAUUUUAAGUCAUUUUGAGUUUCCAACGAGUUAUUAUUAUUAUCAUCAGUAUUUUACUACUAAUGAAACUUUACUCAUUAAUUUUAGUAUUUAUAGUCAUUUUCAAGAUGAAAACAGGUGAAGGAAUUGAGAGCUUUAGUUAUCGUGAGGACUAUAGAAAUUAUAUAAAAAUUGUGGUCAAUCACAUUCGUUCACGUAUUAGAUCAAAUGAAAUACGAAAUCUAAAAUUGCAACAAGAUUCAAAAAAUACUAUUAGUAUAUUAGAAGCUUUCCAAAAAAACAAGUACAUGCAAAAUACCAGAAGAAACUAUUCUUUUACAGUAAGUGUACUCAAUUUCAAAUACACAGAAAUACUAAAAAAAUUUCUGGAUUACAUAGACAUUAUCCUCAAUAAAUGUAAGCAAUUUAAUGAUAAACAUUUAUUGGAAAAUUUCAUUUAUUGUGUAACAUCACUCGCAGAAGAAGUGAAAAAUUCCAAGACUAUGUUGGAAAACCUCUACAAUGCUAUGAAGUUUAUAAGCUACAUAGAUGUAAGAUUUGUGUUUCAAUCUAUUGUACCAAAUGUUAUAAUUGAUGAAAUAGACUUUUUUCAACAAUAUAUCUUACAAAGAACAUCAGAAACUAGCUCUUUAGAUCUUAACAGCUUACCAAAUCUUAAUGAUUCUGAAACGAAUUUUAAAAAUUUAAAUGAAUUUUAUACAGAAGCAUUAGAAAAAGUAAACAAUCUAUUUCAAAAUAGUAAUAUCAUCGACACUUCUAUAAAAACUGACUUAACAUUUCAACUUAAGGAAUGUUCUAACGGAAACGACUCAUACUUAGUAUAUUUAACAUGUAGUAAACUUAAUUCAUUUUACAACGAAACCAUAGAAAUUUGGUACGAAAAUCUUGGCUUUGAACAAUUUCUCAACCCUAAUACACUUGAAUUUAAACCACCAAAAUAUUCAGAAAUAAUACUAAACGAUGGAAUUAAAGCUUUCAAUAUUCUUCGGCAGGAAAUUGGUUGGAAAAAAAUGAAUCAUAUAAAUAUACUUUAUAAUGGUAAACAACUCGGUGUAGAUCGUAUAAUGAAAGACAAAAUUGAUAACAUAAAUUUUCAAAUAAAAAAAGAGCAUGUAACACAGUUACUAAGAUGUAGGUAUACAGAAAUAAUUAAAAACUAUCAUGUACUAUUGUCUGCUAUAUUGUAUAUAUGCAAUUAUGAUGCUAAGCUUUUCAAAAAUAAUUGUUUGAUUAAAUUAUUUGACUCGUUUAAUAAAUCAAAAAAAAUGUUUGAAGGACUGAAUAAAGCUUUAAAUACCUUAAAAAACUUAUCAAUAUGGAGUGAUAAUAACAACUCUCAUUCAAACUUACAGAAAAUAUUAAAAUGGGUUGAUGAUAUCCUGUGUUUUUUGAAGAACAAUGAAUUUUCUUAUGAUAAAUUUUCUGGUCAACCGGAUUAUUAUAAAAAUGAAGCAUUUGAAAUGCUUUUGAAUACAUUUAUAAAUUUUCGUAACAUCUUUUCUAUUGACUUAAAUAAUGAUAUAUCUAACAUGAACGGGCGUUGUAUUAUGACAAAACCUUUUUAUGAAAAAUUUAAAAUAAUAAAUAAUUUCAAAAUUGUUGCAAGCUCAUUGAAUAAUCCUUCAACCCAAGUUUAUCUUAAUGCAUGUAGUUUUUUUGAAAUUUUUUGUGAAAAUGUUUACACAUUUUGUUAUGAAGGUCUGGGUUUCAGAAAAGUUAACAGACUCAACAGCAAUUAAGAGGGCAGAAUUAUUAAACUUAUUAUUGACUAGAUGAAAUCCUCUUUGCUUUAAUCAUAUAAUUUUGGUUAGGUAUCAACAUAUUGAAAUUAAAAAUUAUAUUUCAUAAAUCUAUUGUUUUAUUAUUGUCAAUUAUUUAUUAUUAUAUUUUAAACAUAAUAUUUAUAAAUCAUCUCUGAAAUAUGUUUUAAUAAAUUUACAGUCUUUACUGGCACACUUA